AAUAUCAACAAUUAUGUACAAAUAUGACACCAUUUUAAUCUUCUUAUCAUAUAUAUAAACACCAUAUCAACAUACAAACGACAUAAACUAAUCACUUUAGACAUAGCAUAUCCCAACAUUUAUCAACUACUACAUAGUAUAAAUACUUGUACUAUUGUUUGCAUAUUCUUAGUGGUGGUGCUAUUUGAAUUAUGGCAAAUCUUCCAAUGAGGUUUCAUAGAAUGAUGGAGGCAUUUGAUGUUGAUGUGGCACUAGCACGUGGGAAGCGUUGCAGUGAGAGCAGUGGAAGUGAGCACUCACCCGAGAGUGCAACUGAUUUAUCUGAUCUCGUGUUGUCUUUCAUGGAAGACAACGAGAGAUCAGGGGAAGAAGAAGAUGUUGUUCGUAGCAAAGAUCGAGAUGAUGAGAAAGACGGAGAAGAGGUUGAAAAAAGUGGUGAAUGGUGUGAUAAUGAGAAGAGUGAAAUGUUGAAGGGAUUGUUUGAUGGGAAUGAAGAUGUUGAUGAGGAUGAAAGGGAUGCUAAAGAAAUGAUUAGGAGAGAGGUUGAAGUUGCAAUUGAACUUGUUGAAAGUGAUUCGAUUGAUGAUCGAUUCAAACGUCGAUUGAUGUCUCAAUUGAGGGAAAAAGGUCUUGAUGCUGGGCUAUGCAAAACCAAAUGGGAGAAAAAGGAAAAAUUAACAGCCGGCGACUAUGAAUAUAUUGAUGUCAAUCUUUCCGGAAAACGUUACAUAGUUGAAGUUUCCUUAGCUACCGAAUUUGAAGUAGCUCGUCCGACAAAUCAAUAUUCAUCCUUGCUAAAUAUUUUUCCAAGAAUUUAUGUUGGUAAAAUGGAAGAACUCAAACGAAUUGUGAGAUUAAUGUGCUCAGCAAUUAAAGGGUCUAUGAAGAAAAUGGACUUACACAUACCACCAUGGAGAAGAAAUUUAUACAUGCAAACAAAGUGGUUUAGUUCUUACAAAAGAACAACUAAUGCAGUUGCAACUAAAAAUGCAACAUCUUCACAUUUUUCAGCUGAGUCAUUUUUUCCUAAAAAAUUUAUGGGAUUUGAAGCAAGGCAUGUGAAAGCAUAUAAUUGUAGGGAUGAUUAUGUGGGGAUUACUAAUGGGUUUAGAAUUGGACACUUGACUGCUGCAUUAAAUUCUGAUAACUUUGGAUUGUAAUUAUAGAUCAUUGCUCAUCUCUGAUGUUCUUUAUCAAAUUGCUGAUAGUAAAAGUAACAGUUUUAAAAAGAGAAAAAAAUAUAAAUAAACGGUUGAGAUGAUGACAGCACAGACCGCACAAGAGAAUGAGCUAGAGAGGAUUCAUAUCAAAAGAGUACUAUUGUGGGGUUGUUCUAUUUGUAUAGAGGAGGGCACAAAAUGUGUUAGAGUUUCUCUAAUGCACAGCUCUGAUAUAAUUUUUGCGAGUUUAAUUUGGGUAGAUAUAGGAAGCAAUUAAAUUAAGUAAGGUUCAUUGUUAGCAAUUUAUUAUUUUGUUUGUUUGAAAUAAUUCUUGUAAAAAAUCUUGUUAAGCGGAGAAUUACUCCUAUUUGGUUUAUUUGCCAUGGAUC